AUGUUUGUUCGGUUCUUCCAUUUUCAGAUUUUAGGAAUAAUUGUUGAAGCAUAUUAUAUUUAACAUUUUGUUACAUCAUCAAUAUCUGGUGACGAAGGGUGGUUAAUUAAAAACCCUUAUAAUGGGGCCACUGUUCAUACAUACAGUUGUGGAGGAAACCUAAUGUUUGGGGGAUACCAGAUCUUCGGAUGUUAUUCGUCAUAACAAACAGCAAUAAUGAAUUAUUUCUCACUGCCACCUCAUUAUGGUGUGAGCAUAGAUUUCAAUUUUUGGAAGUUUAAUAUAAAAAAUAUCUUUAGAAUUGAUGAUUGGCCAACUUCUCAGUACUUUUAUAUUGUGAUAGAUUAAUGGACAAAAUCUUGGUAUUAUCCAGAUAAUAUAGGAUCGAAUUUAUGUGCAGGUACUGGCUCAGACUUUAGUUCUUCAUUAAAUAGUAAUGUGCUUUUGCAUACAUUAAAUUCUAUUAUUGUUGAAAUACGCUCUGAUUGUUCAAGCGCUAACUAUUGGGGACUUACUGAUUUCUCUAUAACAUUAAAUGAAUGUCAGUCAGGAUGUCAAUUUUGCUUAGAUUCUACGAAUGAUUGCACGAUGUGGAUAUUGUGGAAGUCUUUUUUUCAACUGAAAAACCUUGAUAAUGGGCUUGAAGGUUGGAUAAAGAAUAAAUUUCCGUCUUUUACAUAAAUGACAAAUGAUUUUUAACUAAAAAUGCUUGUAUUAAAUAAAUGGGAUUCUGCAAUAACUUAUCUUACACUGCCAGAUCAUAUUUCUUUAAUAAUACAAUUUAGAAUUGAAUAUAUUUCAGCCUUGCCUAUAAUUGUUAGAGUUUACAUAAAUGAUGAAUGGAAGUAUGGACUAAUUAAUGAUAAAAAGUAAGUGGAUUAUAGAACUUGGACAAUAGACGAUACUAGAAAUCAAAUUAAAUUAGAAAUAUAUAGUGUAGAUGGCACUGUAUGUAUUCGUGAAUUGUCUGUAAUUCUACGAGGGCCAAUAAACUUAAUCUCAUGUGUUGAUGACAAUUUAGCACCGUUUGAUGGUUGUUUUGCUAAGUAAGAAUCUUGUUUGGAAGGAUGUACAUUUUGUGUUAGAGGAGAAUGUCUGAUGUGUGAUACUAGAUGGGAUUAUAAUGCUUUAAAUAAAAGUUGCGACCCUUCUUGUGGAGAUAAAUUAAUCACAGGAAAUGAGCAAUGUGAUGAUGGCAAUAAUUUUCCUUUUGAUGGGUGUCAUGAAUGUAAGUUUGCAUGUCCUGUGAACUGCCAAAAAUGUCAAUUUGGUUAAUGUUAGAUGUGCAAUUCAGGAUAUUAUUACUCAAAUGGAAUAUGCAUUCGAAAUUAUGGAGAAUUUACAUUAGAUCAAAGUUAAGUUGAUUAUAAUUAAUUUUCAUUUGCUUAAGAGGAAAAUGAAAAGAAAGUAUGCGGAGAUGGUAUAAUUCAAUAGGAUGAAGAAUGUGACGAUGGAAAUACUAUUCCGAAUGAUGGAUGUAAUAAUUGUUAUUUUUAAUGUAUAUAAAACUGUUAUGAAUGUAUUUUUGGAGUUUGUUAGUAUUGUAACCCAACAUAUUAAUUAAUAAGUGGUAAAUGUUUGGAGAUUAAAACUAACUUUAGAUUUCUUAAUUGUAUUACUUCAAACGUAAAUCAAAAUUAAAUUACUGAGAAGAACAAUGUCAGUUGUUGUGAGGAUAAUGACAUCCAAUGUAAUCUUGGAAUAUCAUAGGUUGAAAAUGACAGUAAAAUAUUGUAAUGUCCUUAAUAUUGCGAAAUUUGCGAAUACGGUAAAUGUAAAAAAUGCUUGGUUGAUUAUUUUCUAUUAAAGAACUAAUGUAUAUCUUAGAUUACCAAAGGAAUACUAGUAUUCAAAGAUGAACAUCAUAUUAGUUUAAUUGAAAUAGGAUGCUAUAAAUGUAAUGGUAGUUGUCAGAUUUAAUGUCUUUAAUGUUAGAAUUCAUAUUGUUUUUCUUGCAUAGGAGGUUGGUCGCUUAUUAACGGAUCAUGCCAAUAAAUUUGUGGGGAUAAUUAAGUAGCAAUUAUAUCAUAAGAAGAAUGUGAUUCAAAUUUAGAUGAUUGUAUAAAUUGUAGAUUUGCUUGCCCUGAAAAUUGUGAAUUUUGUAUUGAUUCAAAAAGAUGUUUUCUUUGUUUAUGGCCUUUUAUUGAGAUAAAUCAUAAAUGCUAGCUAUCUUGUUUAACUGAAUGCAAUAAUUGUAUUGAUGGUACUUGUUAUGAUAAUUGUCCAACUGGAGAAACCAAUAAAGAUGGGAUAUGCCUUCCAAUCUGUGGUGAUGGUAUAAUAUAAUAAACAGAAUAAUGCGAUGAUGGAAAUAACAUUUAAUUUGAUGGAUGCUAUAAUUGCCAAUAUUCUUGUUCUUAAUAUUGCAUAGAUUGCGAUGAAGGAAUUUGUUAAGAGUGCUAACAAUAUUUUUAAUUUGAGUAAAAUAUUUGUUAGAAUGACUGUGGAAGUGGAAUUAAAUCUUACGAUGAAUAAUGUGACGAUGGCAAUCUUAAUGAUGUGGACGGUUGUUCUUCAAAUUGUAAAAUUGAAAUUGAUUAUAAAUGUUAAGACAAAAACAAUAGUUACUCAGAAUGUGAAUACUCUGAGUCUCCUUAUAUGAUAGUGAAAUUCUUAAACUAAACAUAUAAUAAAUAUUAUAUUGAGAUAUCAUUUUCCUAAGCAAUCUUUUUUAAGGAUAGUUAUGAUUUAUAAUCUCUUUUUGAUUUCAGUGUUGAUGAAAUAAAUCCUGAAGAUUAUGCAAUAAAUCUAGAAUCGAACUUCUAACCAGUUAUAAAUUAAAUUCUUAACUAUUAAUUUCAAGUAAAAUUAGAGUUCUUAACAUCAAAUAAUAGUAGUCUCACAAGAUUAUAAUUAACUCUAAUGAAUGUGGCGUUUAAUUAAUAUAAUUUGGAAUUACUAAAUCCAUCUGAAUAAUUAUUACUCAAAUAAUUUACUAAGCUGAGUUAAUCCGAUGUUGAAAAAACUAGGCAACUCACCAAAUAUUAAGAAGCUAUGAUUAUGGCUUAAGGAAUUGGUAGUGUUAUCAUGUUAAUUUCUGGAAAUUUCCAAAUUUUUGUAGAAAUAUUGGACAGCCUACAGUAUUAAUCGUAUUUAAAGUAUGCAAAUAUUAUCUACCCUGAAAAUCUUUACCUUUUUUUUGAAGCCACUAAUUUAAUAAGCAUUAUUCCAGUUUUAGAAUUUCUAAAAAUAGGUUAAUUUUAUUAAAUAUUUCUCUAUUCCGACUUUAUUGAGUCAUAUGCUAAAUUAAGGUUUUACAAUCUUAAUGCCCAUUUAAUAACUAAUCUGCAAUUUUUUGUCGUUUAAAGUUUUUCAACCUUUAUAUUUGUAAUUAUAUUGAAAGCCAUCGGUUAAGUCAGUUUUAGAUUAGUUUAUAAAAUUCAGAUUUAAAAUUUGUUAGUUUUCAAAUUAAGAAAUAUACAAUCCAAGGUACUCCCUAAAUUAUUCAAUUGGUUAUUUGGCUUUUUCCAUUAUAUCUUAGUUUUUGUCUAUUAAUUUAACCAGGAUGGAAUAGAAAGUUUGCUAUUAGCAAAUGCUUGGGACAUAUUAUUUAAAACAUUUUUAUAUUUAGAAUCCACAUCAAAUUUUGAUACUAUUUCUCGAAUAUAAAAUGUCUUAUCGUAUAUGACUUUGCUUGCUACAGUAAAAUUUGUUAUCUCAUCAUUAAAAGGAGGCUUAUCAAGAAUAAACUCUGAUUUGAAUAAAAGGUUCAAGGCAAUUUACCUACUUAAACAGUUUUUUUUUUGCUACUUCUUAAUUUGUUUUCAAAAUCAUUCUUUAAUUCAAUUAUUAAUGUUAAGCACAACAAAUGUGAUUUACUUAUUAUUUUUAGCUUUUGUAAAAUUCAAUUUGGAGAAAUUGGAUAAAUUCCAAAUUAUCCUAUUGGAAACAUCAAUCAUAAUCUUUAAUCUGACGUCAAUAUUACAUUUAGAAGAUUAUAAUUAUUUGAUUAGCGAUGAAAAUAAGAUAUUACUAGGCUUUGCUUAAAUAUAUGUACUGAUAUCUGGUUUAUUGGGAAUUUUCAUUAAAUAGAUAAUUUUGAUAAUUUAAAAAAUUAAACAUAGAUGCCUUUAAUAUAAGUAGAAGCAGACACGCUCCAUAAGAGUUACGCAUUUAAUUUUUGAAUCUGUUAAAUGA